AUGGUUUUUAUUUUGUUUUCAGAUUUGUGAUCUUAGCUCAAAGCCUUACGAAAAGGAUAUGUGGGAGGUAGAGGUUAGAGAACUACAGAACCUGCUUCGAGGUCAGAUUAAGAUACAAAUCUAGUUCUAGCAUGGAGCCGGAGAAGGAGAAAAAUCCCGGAUCUGAUCUGGAUCCGGGUAGUGAGAACUUUGACUGUAUGAAAGCGUUGUAUGAUCCUAGUUAUGAAAUAUCAGAUAAAGAUGCUGUAUGUAUGGAUACUGUGGAACAAUGUAUAAAGUUUAUAUCCAACCCGGAUUCUACUAGGACGGGAAAGGAGAAACCAAAACCUGCUCCGGAACCUGAGAAGAUAGAGAGACGGUUUCUCCCGGAACAGAUGCCGGUUCAGUCAAAUCGAAAAGAGUUCAAGCAUGUUCUCUCUAGAAUGAACGAGUUUAAGGAUGGACCGCUGGGAACACUCAGUAAUUGGCAGAGGGAGAAAACUAGAAUCAAAGUAUGGACUCGAGACAUGAACAAUAUUCGUGGUUUCUGCACAGGAUUCAUCUCAGCAUUUGAUAAACAUUGGAAUCUUGCUCUCAGAGAUGUAGAUGAGAACUUUAACCGUCCUCGGAGCAGGAAAACAUAUUCAUCAUCAACCAUGAAAUCUAUCUUGAUGCCGCAGGACCUACCGGUGGAAAUGAAGAUAGGUAGUUCUUUGCUCAGGGUGAUCAAGAUAGAGAAUAAGUUUGAGGUUUGUGUUCGUCAUGUUCCUCAAGUUUUACUUCGUGGAGAACAUGUUGUUAUGAUCUCAAAACUCUCCUAGGUCAUGGCUAUUAAACUAAGAAGUUUCUACAUUCCAUAUUCUCAGAUAUUCAGACAGGCCAAAAUGUAUCUUUGUCUCGAAUUUAAACAUAUGAAAACAUUGAUCAUGAGUUAAUUAUGACGCUUAUCUGGCUGUGAAAAUUUAACAAUCAGCAUUUUUAUUUUUUACAGA